UGGACAAAGGCAUUCAUCAUCAAAACAAAGCACAGACUGAAAAGACCUCUAUUGCUAUCAAAGAAAUAAAGAUUUAAAAGACAUAAAAAAAAUGGGUUGCUGGUCUGCUGAGAAUGCUACAAAUGCCUACCUCAAGACCUUGAGAAUGGGCCAAAAGGCAAAAGAGCCAGAUGUAGCUGAAUUCAUUUCAGCAUUAGCAGCAGGCAACAAUGCACAACUAAUGGUCGUCGCAUGUGCCAGUUCCGCUGCUUCCACCGUGCUAGCUCUAGUGGCUGCAGCACAUCAAACUGGUGGGAGAGUGAUUUGCGUCCUUCGUGGUCACGAAGAGUUAGAAUCGUUGAGACAAUGCCUAGGCAUCGAUGCGUGUCACGUUCAGUUUGUCAUUGGAGAAGCUCAAAACCUUCUACUAACCCACUAUAGCGAAGCAGAUUUUGUGCUUGUUGAUUGUAACCUGGAAAACCAUGAAGGCAUUCUCGCAGCAGUUGAAGGAAGCAGUCGCAGAAAACGAAAUGGUGCAGUUGUUGUGGGGUAUAAUGCAUUUACUAAAGGAUCAUGGUGGUCUAGCAGAGCAAAAACUCAAUUACUGCCUAUUGGAGAAGGUUUAUUAGUAACUAGAAUAGCAGCAAGUGGAAGGAUUCAUAGGAGUAGUAGCUGCGGUCAUGGAAAGAAGAGUAGUCAUUGGGUUGUUAAGGUUGAUAAAUGCACCGGUGAAGAACAUGUUUUCAGAGUCAGAUAAUUCCCACAAGGGAAACAGAUUGAAGCUUGAAUUUUUCUUUGUUUAAAUGAUCUCUAUUGGUCUGUAAAUGAAGAGAGGUGAGAUUUUUCUCUUCUUUUCUUGCCAGGCCAGCCAAUGGAAGCACGAAUGAUGCUUCAGCAUUUUGUACUCGAGAGAAUUAUUUAAGUUAGUUCCUAAAAGAGAGUCUUAAAUGUAAGAUAAUAUGUAUAUAGUAAUUUAUAUACCUGUAAUACCUUGAAUUAAUGGAUUUGAAGGAUCAAUCGGUUUAUGAUGGUACAAUAGUA